UCCAGAGCAACAUCGUUCUGCUCACCCAGGCCUUCAGGAAGAAGUUUGUCAUCCCAGACUUCCAGUCCUUCUGCGCCCACAUGGACGAGCUCUAUGUCAAAGCCAAAAACCUGUCCGGGGGGCAGGUGGCCGACUACAUUCCCCAGCUGGCCCGCUUCAGCCCAGACCUGUGGGCCGUCGCUCUGUGCACAGUCGAUGGACAGAGGCACACCGUCGGAGACACCAAGGUUCCUUUCUGUCUGCAGUCCUGUGUGAAGCCGCUGAAAUACGCCAUCGCUGUUCACGACCACGGCACGGAGUACGUGCACCGCUUCAUCGGCAAAGAGCCCAGCGGCCUGCGCUUCAACAAGCUCUUCCUGAACGAGGAAGAUAAACCACACAACCCCAUGGUUAACGCCGGCGCCAUUGUCUGUACCUCCCUCAUCAAGCAAGGUGCCAGCAACGCAGAGAAAUUUGACUAUGUCAUGAACUUCAUGAACAAACUGGCGGGAAACGAGUACGUGGGCUUCAGCAACGCCACUUUCCAGUCGGAGCGAGAGUCUGGAGACAGAAACUUUGCCAUCGGAUACUACCUGAAGGAGAAGAAGUGUUUUCCAGAGGGGACAGACAUGACGUCCAUCCUCGACUUCUACUUCCAGUUGUGUUCCAUCGAGGUGACCUGCGAGAGCGCCAGCGUCAUGGCGGCGACUCUGGCCAACGGCGGCUUCUGUCCAAUCACAGGAGAGCGCGUGCUGAGCCCCGAGUCGGUCCGAGACACUCUGAGUCUGAUGCAUUCCUGCGGCAUGUACGACUUCUCCGGACAGUUCGCUUUCCACGUCGGUCUGCCGGCUAAAUCUGGUGUCGCCGGUGGCAUUCUGCUGGUUGUCCCAAACGUGAUGGGCAUCAUGUGUUGGUCACCACCGCUCGACAAGCUGGGCAACAGCGUCAGAGGCAUCCAGUUCUGCACGGACCUGGUUUCCCUCUGCAACUUCCACAACUAUGAUAACCUGAGGCACUUCGCUAAGAAACUGGAUCCUCGCAGGGAGGGGGGAGACCAGAGGGUGAAGUCUGUGAUCAAUCUGCUGUUUGCCGCUUACACCGGAGAUGUCUCCGCCCUGAGGAGGUUCGCAUUGUCCUCCAUGGACAUGGAGCAGAGGGACUACGACUCCAGGACGGCCCUGCACGUGGCGGCUGCUGAAGGACAUGCUGAGGUAGUCCGCUUCCUGCUGGAGGCCUGUAAAGUCAACCCAGUUCCCAAAGACAGGUGGGGGAACACACCGAUGGACGAAGCGGUCCACUUUGGCCACCACGACGUGGUGACCAUCCUCCGCGAUUACCACACCCAGUACAGCCCUCAGGAAAGCACAGGCGACGACAAGACCAGCGCAGAGAAGAACCUGGACGGGAUGCUCUGAUGGACACCGCCCUGAGAAAAGCAGCUGGAUGGUCACAUUCUCACUCCCAUCGCAUCUAAAAGGGCCGCUCGGUCAGGGGCCUUUGGCGUAAGUUACUUACUCAAAAAGACUCCUGUAGCGUCACCUUUUGACGCUCUGGGUCGAGACCUUUGGCGUCACCUUGUGAUGUCUGGGUCGAGACCUUUGGCGUCACUUUGUGAUGUCUGGGUCGGGACCUUUGGCGUCACUUUGUGAUGUCUGGGUCGGGACCUUUGGCGUCACUUUGUGAUGUCUGGGUCGGGACCUUUGGCGUCACUUUGUGAUGUCUGGGUCGAGACCUUUGGCGUCACUUUGUGAUGUCUGGGUCGAGACCUUUGGCAUCACUUUUGACGCUCUGAGUCGGGACCUUUGGCGUCACCUUUUUGACGCUCUGGGUCGGGACCUUGGGCGUCACCUUUUUGACGCUCUGGGUCGGGACCUUGGGCGUCACCUUUUUGACGCUCUGGGUCGGGACCUUUGGCGUCACCUUUUUGACGCUCUGGGUCGGGACCUUUGCUGUCAGAAUUGGACUCUUCCCUCUCCUUACGCAGAUUUUUGAUGCGAUGGUUGUGAAGUCUGUCAGAUCAUUGAGCCUGGAUGGCAUAAAAACAUCUUUAAAUGGAAAUUAUAUGUACCAACACACGUAGACAAAAGUUAGGAACAUUUAAACAACCCAAACAAUAUGUAGUGUACAGUGUGGGGGAAAAAUCCCUCAACAGUCCCUUUAUAUCCAGAACAACCACCAUCCCUUCAGUGUAAAAGCUCCUUGUCAUGUUGUUUGAUGUUGUUUUUGUAAAAUAUUAAUGUAGACACUUAAAGUGGGAUAAAUGUUAUUUCAUUUCUACAUGUUUAUUUUUGUCAUCAGCUUUAUAGGAAAUAAGUUGUCCGAGUCUGUUAUUUACUUUUUACUGAUCCUUGUAUUAUUCUGAAAAGCUGAAAGCAGGAAGUAGCGGGUGUAACGUGGAGGAGGUUUCUUACCCUGGUUCCAAAACCUUUCUCCCUUCAUCAUCCCAACAUGCUGGAAUGUAUAUUCCUCCAAACACUUUUGGUGUGUUUGUGUGUGUGUGAUAUUUAUUUAUUUAUUUAAGAUAACGUGUACAUACGUGUGUGUGUGUGUGUGUGUGUGUGUGUGUGUGUGUGUGUGUGUAUUCCUGAAACAAGGAUAUAUGAGUGUAAAUACGCACAGGUGGGUAUGGAUUGUGGUUCUGUUGAACAGCUUUGAUCACGAGGCUUGAGGUAGAUUUUCACUAA